UAUAUAUAUAUUUCAUGACUUGUGGGGACAUAAAUCGGUUAACAUUGUGGGGACUGGCCUUCCUCACGGGGACAGAUAAAGUAAAUAAUUACAUUUUAGGGUCAACACUUAGUUUAACGUCUCCUGAACAUGAAUUUAAGUCAAUGUAGUGUGUGUGUGUGUGUGUGUGUGUGUGAGAGAGAGAGAGAGAGAGAGUGAUCGCCCCCCCCCCUCUCAUCUCCUGCAGGUAUCCCAGCAUCCCCUGGGAGGCCGGUGGCCCAGGAGGGCAGCAGCACGGCGGUGAUGAUCCACUGGUCGCCUCCGGCUUCAUCCGCUCACUGUGCCGUCAGCAGCUACACUGUGGAGUACCGACAGGAAGACUCGCUGCUCUGGCAGCAGGUGGCCAGCAGCAGAGAGGAGUGUGUUCAGGUCGACGCUCUGAUCCCCGGAGGUCACUAUCAGUUCAGAGUGAGAGCCUCCAACCGCUGGGGGGUCGGCCCGCCAUCCGAGCCCUCAAAUAUGAUCACGCUGCCCAGCACCAACUCUGGGUACGAUGGAACUGGGAUCCAGUGGAAAGAGAACUUUGAGUCGACCUUCUCCGAGAUCUGUGAGAUUGGAAGGGGGCGGUUUUCAGUGGUGAGAAAAUGUCUCAACAAGUCUACAAAGAAAGAGGUUGCGGUGAAGUUUGUGAGUAAGAAGAUGCAGAAGAAGGAGCAGGUGGCUCAUGAGGCGGACGUCCUCCAACACGUACAGCAUCACCAGCUGGUGGCGCUGUUGGACACCUACGAGUCUCCCACCUCUCUGAUGCUGAUCCUGGAGCAGCUGGAGGAUGGUCGUUUACUUGAUUACCUCGUCGCCCACGAUGAGCUGAUGGAGGAGAAGGUGGCGUUCUUCAUCAGAGAGACACUCGAGGCCCUGCAGCACCUUCAUACCUGCAGAGUGGUUCACCUGGAUCUGAAGCCUGAGAACAUCAUGGUGGACCUCCACUCUCCCACCCCGGGCAUCAAGCUCAUCGACCUCGGCGACGCCGUGCAGCUGUCCGCCCACCGCCGGUACGUCCACCUCCUGCUCGGGAACCCGGAGUUCGGCGCGCCCGAGCUCAUCCGCGGGACGCCGGUCUCCGUCGCCACGGACGUGUGGAGCGUCGGCGUGCUGGCCUACGUGGCGCUCAGCGGCGUGUCCCCGUUCCUGGACGAGUCGCCGGAGGAGACCUGCGUCAACAUCUGCCGCCUGGACUUCUGCUUCCCGGACGAGUACUUCCGCGAUGUGAGCCAGGCGGCGAGGGACUUUGUGUUCGGCGCUACUUCCUGCCUGCAGCACCCGUGGGUGGGCCGCGGGGGUGCGCACGGCGGGGAGUACUCCAAGACGCCGCUGGACACGACGCGAUUGACCGACGGAGACAGCUGCAUGACGUGCGGCCCGUCACUAACAUCAAAGGGCUGGUGAGCAGCAGCUUGGGCAACACGCUGUGACGGACAGGAGCUCCGAGUGUCACCCACAACAACACUGCUGUGUAUUAUAAGCAUUUAAUGAUCUUUAGUAUUUAUUAAUGUGUGAGUGGGGAAGGGAUCUACGUCUUCAUAAAGGACCACGAGGCCACUCUGUCGACCACUAAACUUAAAAGCAGAAGAAAUAAUUAAAAUUCAUGAUAGUUUGAUAUUAAUUGCAGACUAACACAUUCAUUUGAUCUUUUGUUCCCCCGGUAACAACCAUUAGACGUGAAGCAGGGCCCCAUAAGCAGCCUAGAACCCCCAUGAGAACCCAAAGAACCUCAAAGUUGAGGAAAUUAGCAUUUAGAAAAACACACUGUGAGCGGGCUUAAUGUCAACAUAUUAGUUUAUAUUUGUAAUGUUUAUUUUUUCAGGGACAGAUGUUAUAUUGGAGGCAGGAGACCAUUGUGUUAAAGGGGGGGUAGUUUAAUUCGGCCUGUUGCUCAGGGGCUCUGGGGCAACUGUCCCACGCUCUGCUAACAUGUUGUAGCCAACGCGUCUGAACAUAUUUUUAAAAAAAAGCUUUUCGUGACACUUUGAGCCCACAGGAGUACAAAAAUGGUAAAAUCGCUAAAAGCAAAACCGCCAACGAUGUCUUCGAUCUGAUUUUGUGUCACGAGAAACUCCCACGGAGGAUUUAAAGCUGCAGUGUGCAGGUCAUGGCGCCAUCUAGAGGCGAGGUCGCAGAUUGUAACCAACUGAAAGCGGGCGUGUCGGAGAACUACCGUGGCAUGCUAAAGUUUGGUUUGGCCUUUCUGGGCUU